CUUUCUUAUUCUUAUGGAUCUUUGUCGUCGGACUGCUGGUUUGGUGCAUCCAUUGCCAGUUUCUCAGGUUGGAAGCAGCAACAUUCAGGUCCGCCUUCAUUACAUUGAUGGGAACUACACUGUUUUGCCAGAAGUAGUUGAAGCUUCCCUCGGACCUCACAUGCAGAAUAUGCCUCGCCCUAGAGGUGCAGAUGCUGCUGGGCUGCUAUUGCGUGAAUUAGAGCUCCAUCCACCUGCUGAGGAAUGGCACAGGAGAAAUAUGUUUGGUGGACCUUGGUCUGAUUCAGAAGAUAUGGGGGGCGUGGACGAUAAUUCUAAGCUUAGCCCAUCAAGGGACUUGACUGAGUGCAGUUCAUCAGAAAACUGUGACGUAUCUUAUGGAGCUCAUGGUUUGUGGCCAAGGAAACGUAGGAUGUCAGAACGAGAC